CUGAUCGGCACAGACGCAUCUUGCUGCCGACGCGAAGCUCACGUCUGGGUGCAUAACUGCGAGUGAGUGUUUUAUUGAUCUUGCGUUUUGUUCUUGCUGUGCGGUCGCCAUGUCUGGCCGAGGAAAGGGCGGAAAAGGACUCGGAAAAGGAGGUGCGAAGCGUCACCGUAAGGUUCUUCGUGACAACAUCCAGGGGAUCACGAAGCCUGCUAUCCGCCGUCUAGCCCGUCGUGGUGGCGUGAAGCGAAUCUCCGGUCUCAUCUACGAGGAGACGCGAGGUGUGCUGAAGGUAUUCCUGGAGAACGUCAUUCGUGAUGCAGUCACCUACACGGAGCACGCGAAGAGAAAAACUGUGACUGCCAUGGACGUUGUCUACGCGCUCAAACGACAAGGCCGGACCCUGUACGGUUUCGGCGGCUAAGGACACCGCCAUUGUCAACGCUGCAGCGGACAGCAUUCCCGGUCUGGACUAUUCAUUUUGUGUACAAAGUCUCGCAGUACUCUUCGUCCCCAGUUUUUAACCACUCAGAGUCAUCCACAGCAGCAUGUAUAUUUUCAACAUGGCUGACGUCAAAACAAAAAAAACUAAGCUGUAUGGUAGAAGUCGAUAGUGUAAGCCUAUCGCUUGUGUUUUGUGCAUGAGUAAAUAAAAAGUGUCAUCAUCACCUUGGAA